ACUCAUCGCGUUGUUAUUACUGAGGGGUGGAAAGGAAAGGUAGACGCAGGAAACCCGCAGUCUUCAAUGGUUCUGCUCUCGGUCAUCCAUGCGCAAUACCGAACCACAACAAGCCCAAGCACCUGCUAACCGAAUCCACCGGGAUAUAAGAGAUACUGCAACCGCAUGGAUGGCACACAUACUGGAAAAGCACUACUGAAAAAGAAAAAUCAUGCAUGCUGAAAACAUUUAAACAUUUAUUGCUUUGAAAGCAGAAUAUAGGCUACUGUCAUGCCUGACACCUGACAAAUCCAUUUGCACCGAGCGGACUGUUGCAACUUUUUGAAGUUUCCCUGUCCUCGACUGGAUUCACGUUACUUCGAUUCUUGCGGUUUUGAUCUGUUAAAGAAAGACGAGACGGCGACUUCAGUUGAUUAUCUGUCUUUCCUCUGUUAUCCGAUGGAUAUUCACUGUAAGGCAGACCCUUUCUCCGCCAUGCACCGACACGGGGGAGUGAACCAGCUGGGCGGGAUGUUCGUGAACGGAAGGCCUUUACCUGACGUCGUGCGCCAGAGAAUCGUGGAGCUCGCGCAUCAAGGGGUCAGGCCCUGUGACAUCUCGAGACAGCUGAGGGUCAGUCACGGCUGCGUCAGCAAGAUUCUGGGCAGAUAUUAUGAGACGGGCAGUAUAAAGCCUGGAGUGAUCGGCGGAUCCAAGCCCAAAGUGGCCACGCCGAAGGUGGUGGAUAAAAUAGCGGACUAUAAGCGACAGAAUCCCACCAUGUUCGCCUGGGAAAUCCGGGACCGGCUGCUGGCGGAGGGAAUCUGCGAUAACGACACCGUCCCCAGCGUCUCCUCCAUAAACAGGAUCAUUCGGACGAAGGUUCAGCAACCAUUUCACCCCUCUCCAGAUGGGACGUCCCUAUCCACCCCAGGACACACUAUAAUUCCCAGUACAGCAUCUCCUCCUGUCUCGAGUUCUUCCAACGACCCCGUGGGCUCCUACUCUAUAAACGGCAUUCUGGGAAUCCCUCGCUCAAAUGGAGAAAAGCGCAAAAGAGAUGCUGAUGGUUCGGAGGGUUCUGCACAGAGCAGUGAUUCGCAAGGCAGCGUGGAGAGCCUGAGAAAACAUCUACGAGCAGAUGCCUUCACCCAGCAGCAGUUAGAAGCCUUGGACCGGGUGUUCGAGAGGCCAACUUUCCCUGACGUCUUUCCCAGUUCAGAUCACAUCAAACCAGAGCAAGCAAGUGAGUACAGCCUCCCUGCAUUAAACCCAGGCCUGGAGGAAGUCAAACCCAGAUUAUCAUCCAGCACGACCUCUGACCUGGGCCCCAGCGUGUCACAGAGCUACACUGUAGGUCGGGAUAUGGCCAACACAACUUUACCUGGAUAUCCACCUCACGUCCCACCCACAGGACAGGGAAGCUACCCAACAUCCACACUGGCUGGAAUGGUUCAUGGGAGUGAAUUUUCAGGGAAUCCCUACAGCCAUCCACAGUACACGAGCUACAACGACGCCUGGAGAUUCAGCAACCCAGCAAUACUGAGUUCCCCCUAUUAUUAUAGUGCAUCCAGAGGCUCCGCCCCCCCAACUGCUGCCACUGCCUAUGACCGCCACUAGUUACCACGGUAACCAAAUUAGCCGCCACGCCCACAGACUUGGACUUCAUAUUCUGCCAGUGUGAGCAAUGCAGUCGAUUGGACAGAGAGUGGCUUCAUGUGGUCACAUGACGAAGAAAAAACCAAUCAGGAUGAUUCUCGACGACAAUUUAGCCAAUCAAAAAAGCCUCAAUGGAUUUAAACACUUCAGAAGGACCUAAAAUGAUGUGAACAAUAAAUGCAUCACUUAUUGACGACAAAUACGAUUUUAAAAACAUACGAUGGGAUGAACAUAUGCUUCUUUAUUAUUUAUUUUGUUCUCAUGGAUAAACCAAUAUGAUCGCAAUAGUAUUCGUGGGUUUUUGUACGUUAAGUGUCGUUCUAGCACAUUUGAACAGACACUGAUAUGUACAAUAUUAAUGUAUGGACAGCAUCUAAAACAAAAACUCUUACAUACUAACAACUUUAAAGAUAUGUUUACGAAUCCUUUGCGGUUCAUAGAAUAUUGAAUUCAUGGAAUUUAUAGAUCGUGCAGCGAUAUUUCACUAAUGUUUCACGCUUGUUGAGCUUUGAUGAUUAUAGAGUGCAACAGAUUUGUUCCGAAAGUAGAUUGUUAAUCAAUGGUAUAUGCUUCUGUUGAAGCCAUCGGUCUGUGCUAUUUCAACUUUAUUAAAAGAAAAAUCAUGUUUAGUUGCAGUAUUCCUGGUAAAGAACCACACUACCCAUGAUCCUGAGAAAAGAUCCACCAAUCAGAGAAUUGUGGUGAACAAAGCUCGCCAAAAGAGCUCUGCAGUGACCGCCCACUUCUAUGACGGUCUCUCUACAUUCUCCCACUGCUAAUAUAUUUGCAUACAUCUGAAUAUGUUGCAUUACACAGUCUUGCACCUUUGUUUUUCUGUCCGAUUAUCAAAUCAAAGUUUUACAUUUGUGAUUCACCUUCGAGCUUCGGUUCAUGGCUUAAAGCUCUUUUAUGAAGUAUUUUAUGAAAUCCCUGUGAAUUGUUUUUUUUUUUUUUUUAAUGAAUGGGAAAAACACGUCCAGAACCAAGACGGCUGAAAAAGUGGGCGGGCACUGUUGCACUCUAUUUAAGAAAUACAAAAGGCUUUUAUUAGUCCAAUCUGGAUUUAUUAAUUUAUUUAAAAUAAAUGCCUCAAUUCCGAACACUCAUACCGAACACAAUUCAUGAAGAUCUGUAUGCCUCUAAAGUUUAAGGGUUUAUGUUUUAGAUGUUAUCAACACAAUGAUUUUGUAUAUUUCAGUGUCUAUCCAAACAUACAAAACAUGUACGUGUGUAUGUGUACACUUUGUAUACAAAUACCUAUGAAUAUGAAUGAGAGUGAAAACAUAUACCUGGAUGAACAGCUAGAAAAUUCACGAGGACUCAAAACGUGAUGCUUCAACUCAAACUAAACUAUUACUCAAUGUGAACUCAAACUCUCAGCAUGGAAAACAGCAAAAGGCCGACUCCUCGCUCUCAACGCCAGCAGAAGAUUGCUAGCAUACUUCCUCUGUGAGAAACAAUCAGAUAUGAACAACAAGGAGAUUAAAAAAGAGGGAGCAAUAAUGUCUUCAAGAAGCAAAACUGACCCGCUGUCUAUCCUGGUCUUCUUCAGGCCAGAUUUGAUUUUAAGUGAAAAUAUUCUAAGACAAAUUUUUGUAUUUCAUUUUUUUAUAAUGGCAACGAUAUCAUGAAGGACAUUACAGUAUGCAUGGACUAUUUUCAUUCAUUGUGCAUUUUAUUUAUGUUUUUGAUUAUCAGAUCAAAUUAUGCAUCAAAUUCUCAGUGUUAUGUUUUUGCACUAUAAGUAUCUUCAGUCUGGACUGAUCUUUUAAAUCCAGUCAGUAGUCAUAAGUCAUAAUUCUGUGAUUAUUUACUCACAAUUAUGUCUUUACAAACCAGGCCCGGCUCCACAGGGGGGCCUGGGUGGGCCUGGCACACCCAAUCGUGAACUUGGCCCACCUUGAGAACUACACCUACACCCACCCCUCCAACUGUUCGGCCCACCCGGCGGGUCCUAUGGCCCACCUUACAUCUUAGAGCUGGAGCCAAGCCUGUUACAAACCCGACAAAAGGAGGAACAGAGUGACAUUUAAGUAGUUAUUCACGGCAAAUAUCUCUGUGGCUCUCCAGUGAAAUAUGGUGCCUAAGGCAAAGGUUUGACUUCAUGAAAUUUGUUUUUUGAGUAUCUCUAAACCAGUAACACUUACGGUUAUUUAUUUAUUUAUUUAUUUUUUAUCACAGCUUAACAGCUUACAGAUUUUGACUGACAAUAUAUUGAGCAAAAAGUGAGAGAUGUUUCAUUUUGGGUGAAUUAUCCUACUUCAAAUGAAGCAUUUUAUAUAAACAAACAUGUACUACUGAUCUAAUAAAGCACUUAAAACUCAAAAUAUGUUUACAGAAUAGUUUGCAGCUGUUCACUAAAUCAUCAGAUGGGUUUGUCACUAGUUAGUGGCUUUAUUUUUUCAGGCUCAACUUUGAUGGAACAACACACACACACACACACACACACACACACACACACACA